AUGUAUUCACCUGUUGGCAGACUGGUGGGCGUGUUGUCGCCCCCCGUGGGAAGAUGCUGCCAGCUGCUCCAGCAGAGGUUACCGGUACCUGCAGCAGCAGCAGCAGCAGCAGCAGCAGCAACCGCUCCAGCAGCAGCAGCUUGUGGUGGCUGGGGUGGUAUCCCUACAUGUGAGGCCCGGGCCCCCCUGUGCAGCUCCCUUCGGCAUUUCUUCUCUUCAGGGCCCACAGACUACGCGACAGCCACCCCAGCUGGCACCCCUGCCACGAACAGCAGCAGCAGCAGCAGCAGCAGCAGCAGCAGCGGCGGCGAGAAGCCGGCCCCGCGUAGAGCAACCGGGCUGCACAAAGUGUGCAACCUUGGGGCCCCCCUAGCUGAGUUCAUGGGCCGCCCCCAGGCCUCUCGCGUUGAGGUGACGAGGUUUAUAUGGUCUUAUAUAAAGGAGAAGGGGUUACAGAAGAAAGACAACAAAAGAAUUGUUGUAGCAGAUGAACGGCUGCUGCCGCUGCUGCAGCAGCGCGAACUCUCUAUGUUCACACUCAACAAAGUCCUAAGCCAACAUAUACACAACACACCAAACCAGGAUAAACAGCAGCAGCAGCAGCAGCAGCAACAGCAACCGAGAGAAGAUACUGAAGCAGACACGAAACCAUAG